UAAGUAAAUUGUUUUUCAAAUUAUUUUAAAAUAUUCCAUAGAAUGGAGCAUACUCCUGCUCCAUAUGGACCAAGAUCAGUCUAUGGAUAUGCUUUAUACAUAGGUUCUAAUAUGCUUUUUUUUUUGUUUUUGGUAUGGGCUGUAAUACCUGAUGAAAUUUUAUAUAACUUAGGUUUAACAUAUUGGCCAUCCAAAUAUUGGGCUGUAGCAAUUCCAGUUUGGGCCUUAACUGCUCUUGCUACAUUUGCAUUUAUUGUUUACCCAGCUAUCAAUUUAUCAAUGACUCCAGAUAUAGAUGAUAUUAGAACUAUUACAGACAAACAUUCACGUGAUAAAAAAGAAACUGUCCCAAGUGGUAUACCUCCUGUUUUUGAUAUUCCUAUAACAGAGGUUUGCAGAAAAUUAUACUUACCAAAGAAAAAGUAACAAUGAAUUCUAUCAAAAUUUAUAUUAAAUAUUGUAAUAAUUAU